AUGGACAGGCCCGGGAUCGACCGAGACAUUCUGGGCGCCUAUGGGAGGUACCCGCUGGUCAUCAAGAUCCCACAGGCUGAGAUGAACGGUGGCACCAUCGGGCUUCGGUACACCCAGUACCUCAUCGAGGUCGACGACUGCGGGAAGGUGUUCACACGAGCGCGCAGGUACACUAUGUUCGCCUGGCUCCAUGCGGAGCUCCGCCGGAAGGAACUGGCAUGCGCUCUGCCCGAGCUCCCUCCGAAGAAGCUCUUCGGCAACAGGGACCAGGCGCAGAACCUGCGGUCAGCGCAUUCCUUGCAGCACCGCUCGGCAGCAUUUCCAGGCCUUCGUGGAUCGUCGGCGGCAGAUGCUUGA